UCGGCCGCUGUUAGCCGGCGGCAGCUUUGUAAUGCUGCAAUCACAUGAGCUUUGUUAUUGUAGCAGGAGCUGUAAUGUCUACUCACACAGAGACUCGGAGAAGAGCAACCAACAUCGACCACGAGAAUGAAGAGCUUUCAUGGGACCAUGGGAGUGUCAGAGACUAUGCUGGUAUUACUGGUUAUCCCUCCGGCUCCUGUUGUGAUCAUGUGUGUGGAAAUGACCAGCACGUCUGUACCACUGACUGUCACCUGCAUUUACCCUGCUGCCUUUACACACACAAAUACACAAACAAAGGACAUAGCACACACACAGCUAAUGAAACAUGGGAAGAAGUAACAUGUAGUAAGACCACUAUAAGUGCCGAAAAUGAGGUGGAGGCACAAAAGCUUGCCAAUAAUUACAAGUUCGGAUUCAGAAAGUGGAAAAGUCAUGUGACUGAGCGACCCUUUGAGGACAGAUCCGAUAUUGUGAAGGAGCUCUACUCAGAGCUCAGCAUCAUUAAACCAAACACAGGCUCUUUAUGUACAUGUGGCAAUGUUUUGUAUAUAUUUUUAUUUGGUUGGUGGAUCUCUGUGGUGUACCUUCUCGUUGGUAUCAUGAUGUACAUCACCAUUAUUGGAGCCCCUCAUGGUAAAUUGUGCUUCAGACUGUCCCGUUACUUUCUGUGGCCAUUUGGAAAAGCAAUACAGAAGGCAAGUCGUGCACCAUCAAAUGUCAGUGUGAAAGUCCGCAAUGAUUUACUAGGUGAAGUGGAUGAGGGGAAGGCAGUCUCCCCCCUACUGAGGUCCACCACAUUGAUGGAGAACAUAGAGGGCUCAUCUGGGCCUCCAGAGCAGCUCUGCUGGAAUCAUCUGAGUGUGUAUGUGUGGGUACUGCUGGGAUACCCUCCUCUGGUUGUGGCUCAUGGCAUGUUGUGUAUACUCUCCUGGCUCAUGGUCAUCACCAUCCCUGUGGCCAAAAUGAGUAUCCGAACCCUGAGCAAUGUCUUACUAAUGCCCCCUGAGCAAGUUCUCAUAAAUGAUGCCACUGGGGAAGGUGAAGGUCAAGCCAUUCUGUGCUGCUACCAUGCAGUGAAUAUCUACUACUACAAGUACACGGUUGAUGGAAUCAAUGUUUUUGCUGUCAAUCUCCUCCCUUUGGUCAUUGUCUCGCUGGUGAUUGGCUAUGUGGACCAGGGCAACCAGUUUGUCGGUGCCGAGGUUAAAUUCACCACUGCAAUAGGUUCACUCAUCCCGUUGUCCUACUAUAUUGGAAUGGGGAUAGCCAGUAUUUCAGCUCAGAGUAACUUUGCAGUCGGUGCAGUGGUCAAUGCCACUUUUGGCUCCAUCACCGAGCUUACCUUUUACAUCACGGCCUUGCUUAGGGGUCAUUACCAGGGCACCAACUGCCUAGAGGAGAUUGUAAAGGCAGCAUUGACCGGGACAUUGCUCGGAUGUAUACUGUUCAUCCCGGGGAUAUGUAUGAUCAUUGGAGGGCUGAAACACAGGGAGCAGAGGUUUAAUAGCCGCUCAGCUGGAGUCAGCUCCUCUCUACUUUUCAUAUCUGUCGGAGGUGUGUUUGCUCCCACACUCUUCUCUAAAGCUUAUGGGAAUCUGGUGUGUGAAGACUGCACUAACUCCUCUGGGACCAACAGUAGCAAUGGGACUUUCACCUGCAGGAACUGCCACUAUGACCUGAUUGAAAACAACUACAGCCUGUUUCAUAGCCAUAUAGCACCCCUGGUGUACACAGUGUCAGUUCUGCUACCGGUAGCCUACAUCAUCGGCCUUCUGUUCACUCUGAAGACUCAUUCACACAUCUAUGACAUUCAUGUUGGUGAUGGAAGUGCAGAGGCUCAUCCAGGUGCAGUGGUGCACUGGUCUCGCUGGAGAGCUCUGCUCAUUCUGAUCAUCGCCACAGUGCUCAUGUCCUGUUGUGCUGACCUCAUCACAGAGCACAUCCAUUCCAUACUGACCCACCCAAACAUCUCCCAGUACUUUAUAGGUGUGACAGUUUUGGCCAUGGUUCCUGAAAUACCAGAGAUAGUCACUGGUAUACAGUUUGCUCUUCAGAAUAAUAUCAGCUUGAGUUUAGAAGUUGGGCGCUGCAUUGCGGUACAGGUGUGCAUGAUUCAGAUCCCCAUAUUGAUCCUGUUCAAUGCCUUUUACGAUGUUGGCUUUCUGCUCAUCUUCAGUGACUUGCAUCUGUGGGCCAGCAUCUUCAGCGUCAUCCUUGUCAACUACAUCUUCAUGGAUGGAAAGUCUGAUUACUUUCAAGGUACAGCUCUCGUGGUCGUGUAUCUCAUCCUCCUUGCUCUCUACUUCUUUGCUCCUUCACCAGCAGGUUGUUAAUAAGAAGACUAGUCUGCUCUUUUUUGCACCUUUUCUGUACUAAAUGAACAUUUAAAGUGCUUCUGCAUUAAUACAUCAUCACACGUCUACUUUUUGAAUUGCCACUGAUGCACAAAAUUAAUUACAAUAAAGGUAGUUAAAAUUAAGGUACAAUUAAACAUGUAUUUGCAUAAAUUGUUACUGAGGUUAUUUAGUGAGAUUUUGUUUUCUAAAAUGUACGGCACUGUGCUGAAUUAACUGCUUAAAGUGUUCUGUAUGAUACACAGUGAUGUUAUUGGAUCUCCCAAUACAUUACAUUGUUUUGCAUUCUUGUCACCAUCUGUGUUAUUCAUUAAGCUUAGAUGUAAACAUGAGUGGCGCGUGCGCACGCGUGUGUGUGUGUGCGCAUGGGCACGCGUGUAAUCUGCAUUUCAUAAACAGAAAUUUCAAUACAACACCAUGGCCAUUAUUUAUGUACAAACCCGCUACCAAUAGCACAUGGUAUAAAGUUUUGUAAAACUGUUUAUUGGUUAAAAACUUCUGCACUUAAGACUGUUUAAGCAAUAUGAUGUCAACACUGUGUUUUCUGUCUUGUGUGCAAAAGUGUAGGGAAGCAAAUAUGUAUCACUAUUUUUAAAUAUUUUAUGUGGUAUUUAUUUUAUUUUUUAAAAAUGUUUUUUAAUCAUAAGCUAAUAUAUUCAAGUAGUAAUAAUGACAAAUUGAAAAAUUAUUUUUGUCUUUUGCAAUUAAAAGAAAUUCAGUAUAAUAAAUUAAUAUAGCAAUGA